CAUGUCGGCCAGUGCUGCCCCUGCCGAGGCUGCCACCCAGACCCCGUUCUACCAGAUCUACCGCCGCUCGGCCCUCGGGACGGCGCUCGUCGAGGCCCUCGAUGAGCUCAUCAACAGCGGCCACAUCAACCCGCAGCUCGCCCUCAUGACCCUCAACCAGUUCGACAAGUCGGCGAGCCAGGCCCUCCAGAAGGACGUCAAGGCCAAGGCCAACGUCAAGGCCCAGAUGCGCACCUACAACCACGUCAUGGAUGUUUGGACGUUCGUGCUGCAGAACCCGACCUUCAAGCUCGAGAACAACAACGAGAUCCUCAACGUCCAGGGCAAGUGCCGCAUCGUCGCGUGCAAGUCGGGCGACGCGCCGGCCAAGUGAGCGCUCGUCGCCCUCGUUCGGCCCGACCCGCACCGCCCAGGAACUCGCACG